AUGAACCUCAAAUUGGACGAUUGUGAGAUUACCUGCUUUGAAGCUUCAAAGAUCAAGCAGAAUGUUUUCCGAAAGCUGAUUCGGGAGCCCAAGGGGGAAGCAUUUCCUGUGAGCUGCCAUCCCAGCUCCAGCAAGGUUUCAGCAGCCCCUCCACUCCCACCAGCCCCCUGUGUCCGGGUACAGCCCUCCUCCAAGCCACACCUGAGACCUGCAGAGAGUUGUCGUGCCGGAGAUGCAUACGUACGAGAAAGGUUCCGGCCACGACCAACAAACCCAAUGAAGCCUUCAGGUCAGACAUGGAAGAGGAAUCUUGUUGCUGAUGACCACUCUGCUGCACUCUGUCUGCUGAUGAAGCAGCCCUCCCCACCCUCCUCUUUGGAGCACCAAUUCAAAGACACACUGAGAGGGAGGGUGCUGUCAGUGGGAGAGGGGGCAACUGCUGUCAUGUGCAAUGAGAUUGAAGAAAGGCGACAGUUUCUGGAACAGAUGGAAUCGUUUGGCCGUGGGAAGGAGUUCCGAGCAAUCAUUCAAACUGAAAUCUCCCAGAAACUCAAAGAAAUGGAAGUGAUUGACAGGACGAGGAACCAUGAGUUAGAGAUGGCGACAAGGGAGCGAGACAGAGGCAACACUUGCAAGUCACAGUUGCAAGUCAAAAAUGGAAAUAACGCCUGAAAUGGUACAAAUUGCAUUGUACAAAUUCUUUUGAAAUAAAA